AUGGCGGAGGGGGAAAGUGAUUUGGAAACAGACAGACUAGAAUUGAAACUGGAGACUUUGUUCAUAUACUCUAACGACAACUGUUCAGUACAAAGCAAAGAAUAUUGCUCGGAGUUUUGUAAGGUAAGCUAAAUCAAGGCAAUUUCUGGUUUUAUUUGGGAGAGGCAAGGAGUCGUGUGCUUCGCCAAGCUAACGUUAGCGGCUAGUUAGCCAGCUGCUCAUCAGUACAAAGCAAGGUACAGUUGCUCAGCUAACUAUUUAACGUUAGUAGCUAAAGUAAUGACCUAACUAGCUAACUUAAUUACUACAUUUACUAGCUAACAUUAAUAACACAUUUAGUCAACCCACACCGGCCUAUAGUUACUAUUUGUUUUAGCUGACUUAACUAGCUAGCUAACUUUAGCUUGCUAACGUUCCCAUUUCAUCAAUGUGAAGUUGCAAGCUAGCUAACUAGAAUUACUAGCUAACGUGCCCAUGCAAAACUGUUUGCCUAUUAGUGUGAAGUAACGUUAGUCUACUGAUUGUGUCUGCUAGGAUAACAAUAAACUGGCUUAAAGUAUAGCUAAGGCUCGAAUUCGUUUUUCCUCGCUAGCAUGCUAAACCAGUGUUGUUUACAUUUAGCCAGUUAGCUAGCGCAGCUGUCACAUAGGCAUAACAUAUAUCGUAUACCUGUUUGCAAAGAAAGCUAACUAGUUAGCUAGCUAGCUUGUCUAGCUAGUUAUGUAUGUGUUAAGCACUCAGGAGGACCGGUUGAAAUCUGCAACUAUCUAACUAGAAACAAGCAAUGAACCCCAAUUCCAGCUAGCUACCGUAAAACAGUCCACCACACUUCACCGAAGCAUUCCUGUGACAUAUGGUUUCAAAUUCAGAUAACUAGCCAGCAGCUACACAGGUCUGCUCAGAUCUCUACAAUACCGCACCUGGAAAAAGGUUGAACAUAUCAGUAUUCAGGAACCACAUCAACACAUGAAAUAAUGAUCAAUAAUCUGGACAGACAUUUGUAUCUGAAUCACACCCCCUGUAUCUCUGUCUGACUGUCUCUUUCCCUGUCUAGCUGGUGGAGGAGCAUACAGAGAGAUGGCAGGUGCCGUUGCCCCAGCUGAAGGUGCUGCGGACAGCUCUUACCUGCUUCACCAGAGCCACUGCUGCCUACCCCGAUGACUGUCAGCAUGUCAGCAACGCUCUCAGCAGUCUGGCCUUGUAAGCACUUAUUUAUAUGGUUCUUACACUUUCAUGCAGACCCAAACUGUACUGUGUUGACUCAGAUAUUUAUUUUCUACAUUGUACAAUCCUGCAUGACUCUUCUCUAAAAUCGAGCUCAACUGGCCCAAUUACAUAUCAUAAUGUCACAUUUUCAGGAGCUUCUUUGAGCUGAUGCUGUUCUUCAGUAAAGAGGAGUUCCAGGAGGCCCCCUUGAAGGACAUUCUAGCCUCUUUUCAGGUGAGGCCAACCGUGAUGUAGCCUAUUUGUUCAUACUGAGUGCCACCAUGGUGAUCCAUGUGGUGUGUUAACGUGAGUCCCAUCUCCUACUCUGUAGGCCUGCCACCGCCGCCUGCUGAGACACAGGAACGUCUACCUGCUACAGGUGAGGCAGUUGAUCAAAGAUGGCGGCCCCUGGGAGAGACCUACUCUGCAGGCCAUCCUGAAAGACACAGUCCUCACACAGACAGAAGGUACACACACAUUCUUUUUUUUUUAGCUUGUGAGUUUUCUAUGCUUUUCUUAUUGUCUCUCAUCUUCUCACUCUCUCCCCUCCCUUUUCUCUCCCUUUCCCUCUCUCUCUCUCCCCCCGGUACAGUGGAGAAGUAUUUGAGCUCGGAGAAGCCAGUGUUCUUUGAGCUGCGUGUGCGCUACCUGCAGGUCUGUGAACGCGUGCAGGAGGCCAUGGCCCUGGCUAAGAGUUGUCUGGAGCACCCAGAGGUGGGGAGGCACCUGUUCUUCCACCAGGCCUACCUCACCUGCCUGUACAAGGCCUCGCUGCAUGAACACCUGCUCAAGGAGGUACGGUCACUACCUUUCACUCUGUAUCUUCAGACAGACUCUCUAAUCUGAGUGGACUGAAAGACAAUAAACAUCAGAGAGGAUUCAUGGUUGUGUUUCCUCCCUCAGAUGGCUGAGAUAGAUGGCAGAGAAGCAGUAGAGAUCAUCUGUAAUGCAGAGAGCCAGGAGAAAGAUGAGCUGCUGCUGUCUCUUUGCAAGGCCUUCCUCAGUCAACAGCUAAACAACGGAGACAUGUACUACAUCUGGUCAGUAACACUGUGAUAUAUACUACAUGUGCUAAAUCUGGUCAGGGCUCACCACUAUAAACAGGGCUUCAUAAUAAUACAGUACUGUAACAUAAUAUAAUGUUGUGUUCAUACAGGGAUCUGGUGUUCCUGUGGAGCAGACUGCACCUCAGGGCCCAUCCCUCUAAGCAGGGCUUCCUGUCUGAGUGUCGCCAGCUGAUGCUCUCCGCCAUCAACGCCAGAGCCAUCUUCCCCUUCAUCAAAGUCAUCACAGCAGAGGUGGGUGUACAGCCAACCACCAACAAAUUUGACCCACUCCUGUUCGCUUGUAGUCCUAGUUUACCUUGACUUAGAAACGUUGUUCUGUCAUUUACACAAUUCAAUGUAACACAUUGUUCUUAUUUCUUUGCCAGAUGGGUAGUGAGGGAGUGCCGCUAUGUGUGGAGAUGUGUACUGCAGCGUUGCAGACAGACCUCCAGUCUGACCCUGUGACGCGCUGCCUGCUGUGUAAGACCAUCGCCUUCCUGUUCCCCCGCGACCUGGAGGUGUGCCGCCUCUGUGCCCUGCUGGUGUUCUGUCUGGAGCGCAGUGUGGAGGCCUUCAAGACCGUUUAUCUGCUCUACAUACACCCAGACGAGGAGCCACACCCCCUCCACACCCCUGUCAAAACCAACAUCCGCUUCUAUAUCUUACAGGUCAGAGAGGCACCGGGGAGCUCGGAAAUAUGAUGCCAAAUACUUUUGCUAAAUAUGUUAACUAGAAAAUACAGUAGAUUAUUAAAACAUGCACUUUUAGUCAUAAAAAUAGUUCUCUCCUGUCGAAAUGUCAUUAUGAUAGACUGUUGGAUGCCUCUUAAUAAUGUAAUGUCUGUAAUUGAAACUCUGCCUGUCCCUGGUCCAGGUGCUGAAGGAGGGGCUGUUCUUCGACCCAGAGUUCUGGAACCUCCUGACCCUGAGAACCCACUGUCUGGAGCUUAUGACUGACAAGGCCAUGAGGGAGGCUCUCAACGAGGUGAAGGAGGAAGAGGAGUUGGAGCAGGUGGAGGAGGAGUGGAUACCAAGCUACUGGAUGGAGGAGGAGACAUGCAGGAUACACACAGACACCUCACACCUCCAUUCACACACUGACACAGCACCGGAGAACUCUGAGACUGCAGGUCAGGAGCAUGAGGAGGGAGAGUAUGGGGAUGCUCCUGAGUCACAGACAGAAGACUUCCCUGUGAUGAGGAGGUGGAGGAGGAGAAGGUGUAGGUCUGAUGUUGACAGUGCUGACGACCCAGACAUGAAGUACUCCCUCAGACACAAUCACAGUUCUGAAAGCUCCACCAAGCUACCGGCCAAUCGGCAGAGGGAAUACCUGGCCAGACACGUGAAGAACAAGAUCCUGAAGAGACGCGGCAGGAAACCAAGAUGGCUGCUCCUGGAGAUGACCAGACAGACAGAGAAUGUGUCCCCGGGGAGAACAAGGUCGAGAGGGAAGGGAAUGAGAGAGAGGGGAGAGGGUAAAAGAGAGAAAUGGGAAAGAGGAGAUGGUAAGAGCGAGAGAUGGGAGAGGGGGAAGGGGAAAAGAAAGCGAGGCGAAGGGGACGAGUGUAAGAAGGAGAGGAGGCAUGAAAAGUUGGAUAAGAGAGAGAGGAGGCAGGGCAGGGAAGGUAAGAGACCUUACCGCAGAACUAUACGUGGCAUGGAGCUGUCCUUCCCUGAAAAUGAAGUGCUUGUGGAACAGGAGGUGGUAGAGAAUCAUGUAGAACCCAGUGUUGGUCUUAAACAGCAGCACGGUGACGCAGAGAACUAUGUCAACAUGGGACUGCCUAAUGGCCUACAUGGUGAGAGACCGUUUGAGUAUGAACCAGAGACAGAAAUAGAGCUUUCAGAAGUAGAUCCUUCAGUGGUAGCGCCUUCAGACAUAAAUCCUUUAGACUUGAAACCUUCUGUUGCUGAGCCUUCUGUUGCUGAGCCUUCUGUUGCUGAGCCUUCUGUUGCUGAGCCUUCUGUUGCUGAGCCUUCUGUUGCUGAGCCUUCUGUUGCUGAGCCUUCAGAAGGGAAGGUCUUCGAAGGUCCCAGUGAGCAGACCGACCCAGAGCUGGACGGCCCAGCCUUGGAGAUGGAGGAGUGUCCACUAACACUGUUCCACAUCUACGCCAAAUCCUCUAAAGGGACAGAUGCUAAGGAAUUACAACAUUUGACGGAAGGUAGUGAUGUCACAGCGUCAGAGGUGGGACCGGACUCAAACACUCAGGUUAGUAUUAUCUGAGGCAACAUUGUUGUUUUGAGAAAUUAAUGAUUGAUGCUUAGCUACUGCAACUGUCCUAUGAAUAUCACCUGUUAACAGCUUGUUUAUCCUACUCCAGGGUGAAGACACAAAGCCAGGCAAGGCUCCAGUCCGUUCCAAACACCUGUGCUUCCACUGCAGCCACUGCCAGAAGCUCUACAAGGGAGGCAACGUGGUGAGACACACCCUGGCCCACCUGAAGCUGAGGAAGACUAGGCUCAGCUGUGUCUUCUGUGGCAAACACUUCCAACGGUAUAACCGUGCCAAGGAACACAUUCUAGAGCACAUAGAGGAACUGAGAACCACCACGCUCAAUAGUAAGAUCAAACCUGCUGUCAAUGGAGAUGCAGAACCGUCGGAGAACGUUAAUCAAGCUUCGGAGAACGAGACUAAACCCGGUGAGAAUGUGACAGAGCCCCCUCCUCCGACGGAUCAGCCUCCUAAUCCCAAACGUGUUAAACCCAAGCCGGUGGUCAGCAAGCAGAGUAGAAUCAUCCAGAACCUGAGAAACCUGAUCAGAAAGACCCAGAAGUGGAAAACUGACACGGACAACCAGGUGUCAGUGGAAGUGAAGGAUGAACAGGUGACUGUGAAGGAUAAAGUGGUGAUUGUGAAAGAAGUGGUGCCUGGGGAGGAGACGGAGGGAGGAGAGAAGAAAGCGUGUGAAGGAGGAGAGCAGGAGGGGAAGCAGAAGCAGUACCACCUGUGUCCUGCGGAAGGCUGUGACAGCAUCUUUAUGAAGAUCGGCCCAUCGCUGCUGAGACAUGCUGUCAACUACCACAUGGAGGACGCAGCCGUCCUGGAGAAGACCUUUCAGUGGGGGAAGGGGAAGUGUCAGAUCUGCCAGAGGUAAGAAGGGUCUUUCACCACAGAUUAUUUUCCAGGUCAGGUGCAAAGGCACUCAAACAACAUGUAGGCCCCACCUAGACCAAAAUUGUAAAUUGGAACCAAUAAAGACUUUCUCGGGUGGGCUGCAACUGAUCUAGGUGGGGGCGUGGGGUUCUGACCGUACAAUGGUGUAAUUUAUGUCUCCAUCUUUUUGUUGUUGUGCCCCAGGCACCUGUUGGUGUUCGAGCACUACAGAGACCACAUGAAGCUCCACGAUGCUCCUCUGAAACAGGUGUGUCUCCACAUGAACUGUGGCCAGUGCUUCAAGACCGCCCAGGAGCUCAAAGACCACAUGGACACCCACCGACCACUCCAAGCCCCCUGUGGGUACUCCGGCUGUAGUAAGAGCUUCUUUAACCUCCCCUCUCUCCACGACCACGAGUGGAGACACUACACCCAGCCCCAGUCUAAAGAUGAGGUGGAGCAGGGCGUUACCAAAGAGCUGAGUCCUACCAAAGAGCUGAGCCCUGAGGGUGAGGCCUCCUGGAAACAGAGGGUGAAGUGCCAGGAUGUGACAGUGCACGGGUGGAGGGAAACGCCUUCUCCCAAAUCCAGGCGCUCUGAUCCUCAUGAGAAGUGCAUUUACUGUAACAGGUAAAAGAGUAAGACACAGCAACAUUUCCACGGUGAGGUCUUCAUCAUGCUAGGCCUGAGACACAACUUGCAGAAGCUAGUGAGAACACCAAUUUUUACUGCUCUCCAGUAUUAGGCUUCAUCUGUGUCUGGGGAACUAGUCCAUAGAUGGUUUAGCCGGUAAAUGAAUUUAACCCCCUAUGGUCGAUGUCUGUGCCCCCGCAUAAAUCUAAUUAUCAUAAUAAGAAAUAAACCCAGAAAAAUCUGUCAGUUUAAGCUAGAGAUUUCUGCGUCUCAAUCCACCGCAUCCGCCUAUAUAACACUUCCGCAUCUGCGGUGAAAGGUGACAGCGCUAGAGUGGUGUUUGUCAGACCAUGAAACAUCCCGAAAAUCGGUCUUCUCACAAAAUCGUCUGUAGCGUCCGAAUGGUUUGGCCUAUAAACUAUUAUGACCCCUUCUAUGAUGAGACUCACGAUGACGUUCUCCGUUUUGCUCUAUGACCCCCACAAGCGUCUUGGGACUCGUCUGAAGUCGGUACAGCCAAUCGGCCAACUUCUGUCUGUAGCGUCCAAACAGUUUGGGCUACGCACUGUUUUGAUCUAGGGCGCUCACAGACCUCACAAGACUCGUCUGAAGGUCCACUGGUACCAGUCCCAAAAAAUAAUGGAAGUACAGUAUAUGGAGACUGUUUAGUGACAAUAAGGGGUUAAAUACAUAUAAAUAAAAUAUGUUUCCUGAUCGUCCUUAUACUGUAUCUCUCAGAUAUAGGAUGGACACUAUAGAACAAACUUCCUUUAGAUUUUUGGGGGGAGACUAUCUGUUCCAUGUAAUGAAUCUGUUAUUCAAUGUGUUUGUAUGGGCUAAUAGCAGUAAGGCCAAAUAAUUUUUAAAUAUUUUUUGGGGGAUACCUCAAGGAGUCUUAAAAUUCUAAAUCAAAUAGCAAAAUGAUCCUUGGUAUGACCUUCUUAAAACAAUUCCAUAUAGCUUGGUAGUACCCCCCACCCCCCUCACCUGGCUUAGACCAUGGGUUAAGGCCUGGUGAAAAUGGUGUUGCUUAUGUCCAUAUCUUUUUCUGUUCCAGGUACCUGUGGAACUACCAGCACUUCCUAGACCACAUGAAGAUCCAUGAUGAUCCUCUAAAACAGGUGUGUCUCCAUCAGAACUGUGGCCAGCGCUUUUCCAUGACCCACCUGCUCUGGGAGCACAUGGAGACCCACCAGCCUCUCCAGGCCCUCUGUGGGUACGCCGGCUGUAGGCUGAUCUUCUCUCGCCUCCCCUCUCUCCAUGACCACGAGUCGAGGCACUACAUUCAGCCCCAGGGCCAGCCUAAAGAUGAGCCGACGGAGGAGCAGAGCGCUACGAAAGAGGAGGGGCAGACUCUGGAGUCAGACACCAACAGUAACAACAAUGACGGCCCUGUGGAGACUCCAGUCACUAGUGCUGUCACCACACCUCCCAGUGACCCCACACAGAAACUCAUCAAUGGUCAUGAUGGAGAGGACAAGAAAGACCAAGCCCCUGAGACAGACGUCCCUGCCACCACUACCACCUCCCCUACACCCACAUCCCAAACCACCACACCCACACACCCCCAUCCCAGUCUCUUCCAAAACCUCACUGAGCCAAUGACCAUGAGGGACGUGGACAAUAUCGUCACUUUGGCUCAGGUGAUGCCUUGCGGAGAGGAACCAGUCAUCGCGGAACACAAGACCUUCAAACCAGAGGAUCCUUCCUACUUACCCCUGGCCAAAGCUCCCCUCAUCCGCCCGCCCCCCUCGACAUACCUGACCGAGGCAGCCCUCAGCAUGCGCAAGCGCAGGAAACCCAGCGAGGUCACUUCCAGCGGGGCUGGCAAGAAGAGUAAGGCUACAGUAAAGAUGCGUGUGGUGGGAAAGAAGAAUGCAGUGCAGAAGGAGGUGGCGGCUGAGAAGGAGGUAGAGGAGGAGGCCCCACCUCAAAGUCGGCGCUGCUCCAAGUGUUUCUCCUCAUUCACUAGCCCAGAGGAACUGAAGAGACACCUCUCCCAAAACACCUGCUCCUCCCUCUUCAGCUUCGACUCUGAUGAUGACAGUAAGUAG